AUGUCGUCCUUCAUUAACUUUCCAAAACGUCUUAAGCCUGUGUCGUGGUACUUUGCCAUACGUUGUGGAUCAUCGUCCACACUCGCACCGGGCCGUAUUUAUUCGCAGAGACACUUAUUUGAAGUGAAAAAGACUCAAAUGAAGGCGAACAAUCCCGAAAAAUAUGCAUUGGCAUCAGAUUUCCUAGCGCACCGAGCUGAUCGUCCAAAAGACUACAAGCCAGACACGUCUGCAGAUCGAUCCAUAACUCCUUCUCCACAAGAGAAAAGACUUCUUGUUUUAACUGGUAUGUACAAACGUGAGUCAGAUAUUCCGGAAUUUAUCAGUGAAGUACGUAUUGCAAUGAUGAAGGAACGUCUGAAUUUUAUGGUAUCACUUUGCUUUUUGGUAACAUUGGUCAUCGCAUUUUUGACGACGAUAAAGACAAUGUAUCGUACAAGGACUAUAGCAGUGGGCGACUCUUGA